GGCCUCUGGCCUACACAGCACAGCGCUUCCAGCAGCACCACGACAUCUCGAGCUCCUCUCUCCUCCCCUCGGCUCACGCACGCCAAAGUCGCCUCCUCCGGCAUGGCCGCCGCCGCAGCCGCGACGCUCGCCCCGGCCUCCCCUCCGCUGAUGCCCGCCGUCCGCGGCCGCCGCGACGGCCGGCUGCGCCUCACGCCCCGCCGCGCCGCCAGGUGCCGCUGCAGGGCCACGGCGCAGUUCCAGGGCGGCCCCGCCGCCAGCUACGCCCGGGAGAUGGAGCGCCUCUCCGCCAAGGAGUCCCUCCUCCUCGCCUUCAGGGACUCUGGAGGCUUUGAAUCCUUUGUCAGCGGCAAGACCACGGAGAUGCAGAAGAUCGACGUCAAUGAGCGCAUCGUCGGCCUCGAACGCCUCAACCCCACUCCUCGACCCACGACAUCACCCUAUCUGGAAGGUCGAUGGAACAUCGAAUGGUUCGGUGAUAGCAGUCCUGGAUCCUUUGCCUCCAAGCUUUUGUUUGAGAGGUCACCUACAAGUGUCGCACACUUUACGGGGCUUGAUGUGGUGAUCAGGGAUGGAUACUGCAAAAUUUCCUCGAACGUCAAGCUCUUUAAUACGAUACAAAACAGAUUUGUUCUGACUACUCAACUGUCCGUGGAGGGACCUAUCAGGAUGAAAGAGGAAUACGUCGAGGGAUUUUUGGAAACCCCCAAAAUCAGCGAAGAAACAUUACCUGAACAACUGAAGGGCUUACUUGGACAAACUGCAGGAGCUCUACAGCAACUUCCUGCCUCUAUAAGGGAUGCUGUUUCGGAGGGGGUUAAGUUACCUCUUAACGGGGUGUACCAGCGCUUAUUCAUGAUUUCCUACCUGGAUGAAGAAAUAUUGAUUAUCCGAGAUGCUGCUGGAGCACCUGAUGUCCUGACAAAACUAGAAGGGCCGCAACCAAAUCCAAUGGAGAACACGCCAGAUGUAGUGAUUCCAGAAUAUCAAAGCUAGUGCUUGGGUACUAACUGGAGAGCAUUAUGGUUAACUUUUUUUCUUUCAGAGAUGACAUUUUUCCAGGUCCGCGCAUACAUGAAAACUGCAGUUCAUGUUAGCUUGGUCACCACUUGUAAAUUUUGUUUUUGAUAUAAACUCCAGUACUACCCAGCUUCA